GCCGCCGAGCAGUGCGCUCCGGCCGUGCAGCGUGGAACCAGCAGCCUCUCACCGACGUAACAUCCCUGAAACGCGUCGGUGCUCCGGCGGAGGCUCCAUCCCUGGGAACGCUGCCCUCCAGCCGAGCGCGCCACUGCGCACGCGUGGAACAUUCGAUCAGCGGCGGUGUGGCUAACGGCUAAGCUACCAGCGCAGCCAACAUGGAGAGGAAAGUUCUGGCGCUCCAGGCGAGGAAGAGGAGGACGAAAGCGAAGAAGACCCCCAAAAAGCAGCCAGCCAAUCCCAGAGCCCGACAGCCACCCCAGCCAGAAGCCUCUCCUCAGGAACCCGAGGAACCGGAGGAGAUUCUGGGCUCAGAUGAUGAGGAGCAGGAGGACCCUAAUGACUACUGCAAAGGUGGUUAUCACCAUGUAAAAGUAGGAGACCUGUACAAUGGGAAAUACCAUAUAAUCCGUAAACUGGGCUGGGGUCACUUCUCCACGGUGUGGCUCGCAUGGGACAUCCAGGUAAAAAGGUUUGUUGCAAUGAAGGUGGUGAAGAGUGCAGAGCACUAUACAGAGACAGCGGUGGAUGAAAUCAAACUCCUCAGAUCUGUGAGAAACUCAGACCCCAAUGAUCCCAACCGGGAGAUGGUGGUCCAGCUGCUAGAUGACUUCAAAUUCUCUGGCGUCAAUGGAACUCAUGUCUGCAUGGUGUUUGAGGUGCUGGGGCAUCACCUGUUGAAGUGGAUAAUAAAGUCAAACUACCAGGGGCUGCCCCUGUCGUGUGUGAAGAGCAUCAUACGGCAGGUGCUCCAAGGCCUGGAUUACCUGCACACAAAGUGUCAGAUAAUCCACACUGACAUCAAGCCGGAGAAUAUCCUGAUGAGUGUUGACGAGCCUUAUGUGCGGAGGCUUGCAGCAGAGGCCACUGAGUGGCAGAGGGCCGGGGCCCCUCCUCCCUCCGGUUCAGCAAUAAGCACAGCGCCCACUCCAAAGCAGACUGGAAAAAUGUCCAAGAACAAGAAGAAGAAGUUAAAAAAGAAGCAAAAGCGUCAAGCGGAACUGUUGGAAAAGUGCAUCAUGGACCUGGAGCAAAUGGACAAAGGCACAGAGACACGAGAGGAGAAAGAUUAUGAAGAUGAGAAUCCACAGUCUCCAAAGGGCCGGGCGUGCGCUCCCCUGAGGCAGGUGUCUCUGCAGGAGAUAGAAGAUGAAGAAGCAAAAGAGAGCGAUGCACAUGGAGAGCUUGUGAAAGACGGACCAGUCAGCCAGUCGGAGGUGAGCUGUAAUGGCCACCAGGAGGAGGAAGAGGAGGAGGAGGAGGAGGAACGGCAGUCCCAGUGGAGGGAUGAAGACCAGCACAACGGCAACACAGACCUCACAGAGAAAUGUCCCAGUCCAGAGCAGCAAUACUUAGAUUCACCCGUCCACUCCGUGUGCAAUGGUGUGGACUCUACAAACCUACACGACGUGGAAACGGAGACGGAAUUCAGAGGCGGCGACGGCACUGGAGUGGCCGAGAGGCACCUGCCUGCAGGGCUGGAGCAGGGACAGCUGGAGAAAAGCCUUCUACGGGAGGAGGAGGAGGGCGAGGAAGGAGAGAAUGGACCUGGCUGUGAUUCCAAAUCCCAGGAAAUCUUAAGUAAUGACAAGCUAACUGCAGGAUCCCUGCUAGUUAACCCCCUUGAUCCACUCAAUGCAGAAAACAUCAAGGUCAAGAUCGCGGACUUGGGAAACGCCUGCUGGGUGCACAAGCACUUCACAGAAGACAUCCAGACGCGGCAGUACAGGUCCUUGGAGGUGCUGAUUGGUGCCGGGUACAGCACGCCGGCUGACAUAUGGAGCACAGCCUGCAUGGCUUUUGAGCUGGCCACAGGGGACUACUUGUUUGAACCUCAUUCUGGAGAAGAUUAUUCAAGGGAUGAAGACCAUAUAGCGCUGAUCAUUGAGCUGCUGGGAAGUGUCCCACGCAAAAUCAUAAUGUCCGGCAAAUAUUCCAAGGAUUUUUUCACCAAGAAAGGGGAUUUAAAACACAUCACUAAGCUGAAGCCAUGGGGCCUCCUCGAGGUCCUGGUCGACAAGUACGAGUGGCCCCGCGAAGAAGCCGAGUGCUUCACUGACUUCCUGCUUCCAAUGCUGGAGCUGAUCCCUGAGAAGAGGGCCACGGCCUCGGAGUGCUUGCGCCACCCGUGGCUCGCCCUCUAGUGGACACCUCCGGCCCCUGCACCGCCCUCAGCUCCCCACAUUUCCCAGAGACUGCAGCCGAUCAUUUUCCAGUUUGGGCAUAUCGAAUGAAUAUUUAUUUCUCAUUUGUUCUGUUAUUUUGGAUUUCUCAUGUAUUUGUUAUUGAGCUAAUGCUUCUAUGUAUGUUUGCUUUGUAUUUGUUGGUUCUUCUCUUGCUGUGAUGACGUCAGGAAUCCGGUGGAUUAUAUUACUUGGUCGUUAUGUUGGCUUUAACUGCUGUGCUCCGUUGACCCUCCCGACUAAGCCAACCUGUCAUUGUACUGCUAGUGACUCAUCCUUGUUCGUUACACUCCUGCACUAAAUCCCCCCCAAAAUCAAGGAUAUGUAGCCUUCAUUGGUCACUUGUCUCCUUUUAAAGGACUCACUACAUUUUUUAUACAUUCUCAUUAGUGCUGUGUUCCUUUUUUUAAAACAAAUGUAUCUUCUAUUCCACGGUAAGGUAUACAUUUUGUAUUUGUAAAGUAGACGUAGGAGGUAAGUUGCACACUGGGUGACAUUUACACUUACUAGUGUCCAGGACAUUUUUCCAGACAGGCUCUAGUUUUUUAAGGAGACUUCCACUGUCUGAUAAAACAUGUCUUCUUUAGCCAUAACAAAGCUGUUGUCGCCUGGUAUUUAGUGGUUAUUUAGUUAGAAUAAACAAGAUCUUUCAUUCACAUGGGAGGCUGGUAUUCUCAUUCACCUAUUACAAUUCAGGAAUAUAGUGUGAUAAAGCUUUGGACAAGACAACAUGUGAGGAAGCCCAGUUUAAAGGGGAAACAUGAAAAUAAACUGUAUAUAUCUGUACCAAAGAGUUUGCCUUUAUGUAUAUUACAGUUAUGUACAGUUUUUAACAAAUUCUAUCUUAUCUUAGCUAAAAUUAUUUAGCUGGGUAGCUGUGUUUUAAUACAAGUGUAUGAAAGUUGUACUUAGUUGUGUGAAUGGCCAACUGUCCCAGUUUUCCUGAGGUUGGACAGCGUGUAAUGGUGUCUCAAAUUGGUCGUAUCCAACUAACUUGUAUAUUCUACUGAGGCCUAGGUAAAAAUCGAAUUAAUGUCUGUGUCAGAUUCAAAGGGUUUGUGUCAACCUAUCGAGCUGUACAACACCAUACAAUAAAAAAAAAUGAAUACAAUACGAA